GCCCAAGUGGUCCAAACUCCAAAUGCAGGUGAGGUGGAUUUCCUCACAGGACUUUGAUCGAACACCUAUCAAUCACUAACCAAACGUGCCAACCCAACCACUCACCACGUGGCCUCACCUCCCGAGUUCUGGCUUCUCAAUUCAGCUGAUCAUCACUUCUUCUUCAUCUUCAUCUUCAUCUUCUUCACUCCCCAAAUCAAUCAAUCAAACAGUGACUAACUAUGAAUCGAUUAGCAUUUCCCAAAUCCUUUACGCAACGAUGCAGAGCCAUACACCAAACAACUUCCAAACACAGUCCACAAACCCAGCUCCAUAGUGCUGGACCCGUCGCCUCUCUCCUCAAGUCCCGCUCCGUUAUACGAUUCCGAGGACCUGACACCAUCAAGUUCCUUCAGGGCCUCUUGACCAACGAUGUACGGAGGUUUGCUGAACCCGUUGGUGAGAAAACCGCCAAUAUGCCUACACCCAACGUGCCUGCUGCGUCGGUUCCUCCUUUGUAUGCUGCGUUGUUGACCCCUCAAGGGAGGUUCCUCUACGACCUCUUUCUCUAUAACCCGCCCAAAGUCACCGCCAAGCUUGAUAGAACCGGGUCUGGGCCUGGCUCCGACGCCGCCGAUGAACCCUUUGAUUUGUAUGCCGAUGUAGAUUCUUCUGUGUUGGAUGAGUGUUUGGAAACCUUCAUAAAAUACCGGUUGAGGUCAAAGGUUGAGAUUGAUGAUGUCACAAACGAUUUCUCAUGCUGGCAGCGUUAUGGUUCUGGCCCUACUGAGAAGUCCUCACACGUAGAAGAACCAGAGGCAGCUUCUGUUGGCUGGGGUGCUGGUGUGGAUGAUGCUGCAAUGUCAUCAUCACGUGGGGGUAAUCUUGGGUGGCAAUGGUUUAAGGAUCCCAGAUUGGCCUGUCUUGGUUUCAGAGGGAUAUUCCCAUCAAAUAUAAUUCCACCUCUAAUUGAGGCUGACAAAGAGACUGAUGAAGAGAAUUACCUUUUAUGGAGAAUAGAGAAGGGAGUAGCAGAAGGAUCAACUGAGAUUCCAAAAGGUGAGGCAGUGCCGCUUGAGUGUAAUCUUGUAGGCCUUAAUGCAAUCAGCUUUGACAAAGGUUGCUAUGUGGGCCAGGAACUCGUUGCUCGUACACACCACAGAGGAGUGAUUCGGAAGCGUAUAGUUCCUCUAAGGUUUCUUGACAGUGAUGGGAAAGAAUUAUUAGACAAAGUCGCUCCAGGCUCAGAAGUAAUAAACACAGCAUCUAGCAAAAAAGCUGGUACAGUGACUACUGCCCUAGGAGGUUGUGGGUUGGGGCUCUUGCGGCUGGAGGAAGCUUUCAAGGGGUCCAGUGCCUUGUCCAUUCAAGGACAAGAGGAUGUGAAGGUUGUUGCUAGUAAACCAGAUUGGUGGCCUUCUGAUUGGCUUCAAGAUCAUCAACAGCACACUGCUUUUGCCUAGGAUGUUCAAUGUCUUCAAAAGGUCAGUAUUGUAAAUGUGGAGUUAAUGUAAUCAUUAUGCUUCCACCGGGUGAAAAUACCCGGUGAAAAGGAAACUGGAAGAUGGCAGUUUUGGAUUUUCUUGCGGAAUAAGUUUCAUUGUGAUAGAAUAGCAGUUUGUCAUUUUUCCUUAGGAACCUUCUUGUAAACCAAUUUUGCGUUUGGCAACUUAGAAAGGAAUAAGAUAUUACAAUAUCUUUGUACCUGUGCAAAACUAUCAUUUUGUCAACUGUUUCAGCAUAUGUAGUUGGAAGUUGUAACUAGUAGUACAUUUGUGGCAUUAUGUGACUUUAAUUCUGUAGCACCUUUCAUGCAAAUAUAUUAACUUUCAGCAGUA